GCUUCUUCUGUGCUGACCCGGCCGUUUGUACGGCUGCCUUACUCAGCCGCAAAGAAGUGCUGUCGCUCUGUCCGCUUUGUAUUGUGCAUAGACUCAAGGCCUUGCAAUGCUGGCAAGGCGUAAAGGUCAGCACCAAGCGCAUAGUCCUAACACGGCAACCUCAUUUUCCGGGGCAUUUACAGAUGCAUCUAAUGUGAUAAUUGUGCUUCAACGUAAGCAUGAAGAUUGAGCCCGUCCUUGUCCUUAUCUCCGGCGAAGCCCGGCACACUGGAAACCAAAUUGAUGCGCCCCCGUUGGCUUUUGCUACCAAAACGAACGGAUUAAGCUUUACAUCAUGCUCUGGAGUGAUCCUGGCUGCGGCCCCAAUGAAUGGUGGCAAAAGUUCUGGAGGGGCUCUCCUAUUGCCUGCAUCCGCGCUGACUCCUUGGAUCCAGCCCGGCGCGCCAUGGUUGACAUCAAACACCUUGACAUCACCACCGCAACUCACGCCUGACUGCGCCAUUUGCGCUGUUGGCUCGGUCGCAUCGCUCGGUGGUGGGGCCGCAUUCUGCACACCCAUCGCAACAGUGCGCGUUGCUAGCGCUUCCCAUGCUGCCGCACAACUGCUGCAAGGCCUCAAUCGUGAUAUCGGCUACGCUGCGUCCACAAGUUCCCCUCGCUGGGAGUUCAGUUGGUCCGUUGGAGGCCCGCCCAGCACUCCCGCUGAGCAAGGCGCGUUCGUGUUGUGCUGGGCACAGCCCUUGGAUCCCGCCACUAACAGCAGUAGCAGUAGCAGCGACAGCAGCAGUAGCGCCUCAGCGCCCGGUGCCGCCGCGGCGGACAAGUCUGCCGCCGCAAAGUCCGGGUCGUGUGCUUCCUCUUACCCAUCCCACCCAUCCUCCCACUCUGAUGCUGCAGCCGUCGCGCUAUCUGAUCCGCGUUGCCUAGCAAGCCUGCGAGCCUUGUACGGCAAACUGCGCCUUGCACCGCGGGGCACAUGCAGCCCCCAAGGUGCUGGGGCCCACCUCCGCGGCAGUUUCAGCAGCAGCCCACGUGGCCCUUUUAAAGAUCAAGCAAACGGUGUCGUACAGGUAGCUGCUGACGCCAGCAGCGUCAGCACUUGUGGUGGCAGGACCGGUAGGCUCGGUGCCUUAGGUCGACAUGGACCUCCCAUGCAGUCCGGCCAGCCAGGCCCAGGCCACCUGAUUUCGGUGGUUGGGAGCCCCUUUGGCUGCCUGGCACCCUUCCACUUCGUCAACGCGCAAGUCAACGGCGUCGUUGCAUGCGCCUUCCCCGCGCCGACCGAGUCGCUGUCGCUCGCAGUGGCAGCUGGCCUGCCGUACCCGUACGACAGCCUGCCUCGCCGCCAACAGCAGCAACAACAACCACGUCAGCAACGACAGCAACAAAUGUACGACAACGCCGGCGGGAUCAGCAAUGCCGGCGCCCAUGCGGGCGCCGUACUGUUCGCCCUCGACGCGCAUGUCUUUCCAGGCAUGGAAGGUGCUCCCGUUACCAGUACCUCCUCCCGACAACCGCAAGCGGAAGCAGCCUCAUCGUCCCCGCCAACGCAGCUGCCGCCGCCGCUGCUGCAGUCGCCGCCGCUUGCGUUGCUGUGUACGCCGCUGCAGCGGCGGCCCGACGGGGUUCAGGUACCGUUGGCGGUUGCCUGGCAAGCGAUUGCGGCGGCGCUGCUGGGCGUGCUGCGGGAGCUGCUGCGGAGAUGCAGGGAGGGCGGCAUGGCUGCUGGCGAGGCGGGUGGCUGCGGUCUUGGUGUGGAUGAGGAUGAGGAAGAGGAGGGUGGCGGUGGUGCUGCUGAGGCAUGUGAAGGCAGUGACGCUUCGAUAGGGCACCAACAGCUGCGGUUGCAGCAUGUGGUAUCGCCCGGCGCAAGUGCCGCGGCAUGGGCUGCGAGCGGGAGCAGAGGAGGAGGAGGAGCAGAAGAAGAUGGACGCGGAUGCAUGCAGCAGCAGUACGGCAGCGGUUGGGAAGGCGGCGGCAACGGCAGCAGCAGUGUCGGCAGUGUCAACUGCGGUGGUGGCUGCGGCCCGGCUGCCAGCACCACCAAGCAAGGAGGCGUUGUUUCUCAAGCCGGGAGGUAUUGUUUCUUCUGUAGGCCGCCGCCGACGACGACGACAACCCCAAUGAUGCUGUCAACUGCAGCCGCUGCAUGCCCUGUACCCGCCGCCAGUACUUUACUGCCGUGGCAUACCCACAGCGCUCCAUGCCCCGUUCCGCUUGCUCUUCCUUUUCCUCACCCUCCUGUCGUACAACCAGCGGAUUCAGGUUCCUCGUUAUCGAUUCCGGUUUCGGAGGCGCAGCAGCUGCCCGGUUGGGUCCUGCACGCGGUCGUACUGCUGCGAUGCAACGGAUCCUGGGCCACGGGGGUGGUGGUGGAGGCGGGUAGCGGGUUGUUGAUCACAACCGCGCACCUCUUCAACGGGCUGCUGCGCGAGGGCGGGGCGAGCAGGGGCAGCGGCGGUAGCAGCGGGGCCAGAGGAGCAGCAGCGGGUGAUGGCGGUCCGAGUACGGCAGCAUGGGGGCAUAUCCUGUGCUGGGCACGUGUCCCAUGGGUCACCCCGGAUGCGGCAGGGAGGGUGCAGCCGGGAGCAGCAGCAGCAGCAGGCACUGGUGGUGGUGGCGGUGCUGCUUAUGCUGCUGGUGGCGGUGGGAAUGAAGGUGUCGCCGCUGGUUACGGUUACCGUUGGUUGCGCGCGCGCGUGCUGUACGUCUGGAGCAACCACCUAGAUCUUGCCGUACUGCAGCUUGAGCCGCCGUACGGCAAUCACCGUUAUGGUAGUGGUGGUUGGGAAUGUCCGGCUGCCGUACAGCCCACGCCCCUGGCACUGGCGGCGAUCCAAGUGGCAGCACGCGCACGGAGCGACGAUGACGUUCUGCAUGAUAGCCCCCUGGCUGCUUGCCGUACAGCGUCAUCAUGCGCAGCGGAUCAUGGGUGUCGUACUAGCGCUUGCAACGGCAGCUACUACAACACUGCUACCUCCAGCAGCGGCAACAUGAGCAGCAGCAACAACCGCAGUAGCAGAAGUGUCACCGGUUGUAACGAUGGCAUGGGGAGCUUGCCGUCCUCAGUGUCACCACCGCAGAGUGGAGAGGCGGACGGUACGGCACAGUCGGCACUGUACGGAAGAGGCACAGCGGUUUGGGCGGUUGGUCACAGCCUGAUUGGUCCCUCAGCUGAGUGGCCACCGCUUGUGUCGUACGGUUGUGUGGCGAGGGUGCUACGGCGGCGCUCCGGCGUCCCCACCAUGCUGCUGGCCACAACCACCACCCACGCGGGCGGAAGCGGCGGUGCACUGCUGGACUCCCGGGGGCGGCUGGUGGGGCUGGUGACCAGCAACGCGAGGCAUGCGGGGGGCGCCACACUGCCGAACAUGGCCUUCUGUAUCGCCGCGGAGGAACUGGAGCCGGUGCUUCGCUGGGCGGCUGCACGGGCGGCCGGCAGCAGCAGCAGCAGCAGCUGGUCCUCAGCAGCUGAAAGUUGCGAGUGUUGCGCGGGUGCGGCGGGCGCAGCUGCGACCCACGGGUCAGCAGCGGCGGGUGCCGCGGAUCACGCGCCGCCCGGAUUGGCAGCGUUGGCAGCUCUGGACGAGUACGACGAGGAUGCGGAAAGGAUCUGGCGGCUGCAGAUGCCCUCCCUAGAGCCCCCGCCCCCGCCCCCGCCUCCAUCACCACCACCACCAACUCCACCGACUGCUGCUGCCGCCGGCAGCCCGAAUCAUGCGCUCACAGCACCCGGCACAGCAGCAACACCCGCAGCCACGGGGUCCGAGGUCGGAGGUUUCGGGGCUAUGAGCGUUGCAGCACGUUACGCGGUGGAUGUUGCUGCGGCCACAUCCGCAGCAGCAGCAUCAGGAGCCGCGUCAGCAGCAGCUACGGUGAAGGGUCGUCCCAAGAGCCGGUUGUAGCUAGGGUGCACGAGCGCCACUCACGCAAUGGUGUACUUUUUUUUAAGAGGAGGCAGAGUAAAGAGGAGGUAGAAUGUCAGCUGAUUCCUGACGCGGGUGUCUGUAAGGCGAAGCAUAGGGUGCUCGCCAUGGGUGGGUGCGCUUCGGUACUAUGCUGUUAGGAAGUUGGCCCAAUUAUCAGGGUGGGGACUGAGGAGGCAGAAAAAGCCCAAACCACAAGUGAGGGCACGACAAUAGGGAGCGG